AUGGCUAUGAAUGAUGAAUUUGAUGCUCUAAUUAAAAAUAAGACGUGGGAUUUAGUGCCCCGUCCUCCUAAUGUGAAUGUCAUUCGUUCUAUGUGGAGUUUUACUCAUAAAGAAAAAUCUAACAGUGAUUUUGAGAGGUGUAAGGCCCGUCUUGUAGGUGAUGGCAAAACUCAACAGGUUGGCAUCGAUUGUGGGGAAACUUUUAGUCUUGUGGUGAGGUCGGCAACCAUCCGCACUGUUCUUAGUCUUUCUUUGUCGAAGAACUGGCCUAUUCACCAACUGGAUGUUAAAAAUGCAUUCCUUCAUGGUGUUCUCAAGGAAACGGUUUACAUGCACCAACCUAUGGGUUUCCGUGAUCCCUUUCAUCCUGAUUAUGUUUGUUUGUUGUGUAAGUCUUUAUAUGGACUUAAGCAAGCUCGCUCCGAGAGCCUGGUACCAAAGGGAUCUGAUAUGGCCUAUCUGCUACUCUAUGUUGAUGAUAUCAAAUUUACAGCUUCUUCUGAUGCUCUUCGUUGUUCGACUAUGACUCUUCUUGGCUCUGAGUUUGCUAUGAAGGACUUAGGACCUUUGAACUACUUUCUUGGCAUUGCUGUCACCCACCACAAGGGUGCGUUAUUUCUUUCCCAACGGAAGUAUGCCGAAGGGAUCAUUGACCGCGCUAGCAUGUCUUCAUGCAAGCCCUCGGCCACGCCUGUGGAUACUAAAUCGAAGGUCAGUUCCUCCUCUGGCGAUCCCUAUGCUGAUCCAUCUCACUAUCGUAGCCUUGCGGGGGCUUUCCAGUAUCUCACUUACAUGCGCCCCGACAUUUCUUAUGCAGGCCAGCAGAUUUGUUUACAUAUGCAUGCUCCUUGUGACACUCAUAUGCACGCUCUUAAGCGCAUUAUCAGGUAUCUUCAGGGCACCCUUACUUAUGGACUGCAUCUCUACCGCUCCUCAGUUACUAAUCCGGUCUCCUAUACUGAUGCUGACUGGGGUGGGUGCUCUACGCGACGUUCUACGUCGGGUUAUCGUGUGUUCUUGGGUGAUAACUUGAUUUCUUGGGCCUCUAAGCGGCAACCUACUCUUUCUCGAUCUAGUGUUGAAGCCGAGUAUAGGGGGGUUGCUAAUGUUGUUUAA